UGAAAUUCAAGUUCCAAUUCUCUCCAACGUGGUGUAUAUUUUAGUUUUGCGCAGCACAUCAGAUAUGAAAGCUUCAAGAUAUUUGUUUAAAUAAUAACUGUGAACACGAGCGAAUGGCAAAUUCUAUUUCAUUAAAGUCUUCUGCUGAGUCCAUCAGUUAACUCUUAACCGUGGUACGGAUUGCACGCGGGCUUUCCCAGCUAAAUUCGUGACAGUCCGGGAAAUACCUGGCUCAGUUUACUUGGAGCAAAGUGCAAUCUUUCUGUUAAUUUAUUAUCGUUGGAGUAUCUUUAUAGCCUCCGCUAAUAAACCGGUUUUUAACAAUAAGAAAAUUCACGGAUCGGUGCAAGUGGUGUUAGGUGUUUUUUGGCUGCAAAUUAAUAGUUCAGUGAAGAAUCACAGGUGAAACAAGUGAUUGGUACUGAGAGCAAGGUUUUUGCAGAAUGGUGAUGAGAUAAAAGAUUGAUGCUGGCGAGGGUGCCCGGAUAUUGAAUUGUGUUUUAAUGACUAUGUAAAACGCGGUUGAUGAAGACGAUUUAUCUCUAGGAGCCAAAUCUUGUUAAUCUUUGAAUAUUGCGUGUACAGAUCACUAAACCUGCACUAAAAUGAUUACACUGCAAACGACAAUUUGGCUGUUGAUACUAACAUUUUCUAUUGUGAUAUCUAAAAUUGACGCCAUCCAAUAUGUUUACGACAGUCUGAACGUACCUUGCAGUUUUUGGAAUACAAUUAACAUUACCGACGGAAUUCGCCUGGCAAACGGGUCCUAUUUAUACGAUGGAAGAAUUUACCCCGAGGACUACGUGGGGACGUAUGAUUAUGAGUUCGUCAAUUUAACUUUCAGGCAAUCAGUCAAACCACACCUUCGCGGGUGCGUCUGCAAGAUGGCAACCUGCGUUAGGUUGUGCUGUCCAGUUACUCAGUAUUUCGACGAUCGACAGAAAAUAUGUAGCGACCCUCCGAGAAAUGUCAGCACCCUGGUCAAUGUAACUGAUUAUAAAGGGAACGUGGAGACAGUAAAUAUUGGGGAGAAAUUCGGUUUUGUUUACGGUACGCCAUGUGAGAAAAUGUACUACUUGGAUCCUGCUUCGUUUGAGUACGACAAAUGGGAUCUGUUUGAGAAUGGCACAGUUUUUAGAUGGGAGGACAGAGCUUACCUAUCGAAAAAUGAUUAUUGUUUUUCUCCAACUUUCACCAUGAACUCAUCUGUGAUGAUUUUUAGUCCAUUCGUCUGUUUUCCAAAUACAGAAACUUCACAAUAUUUAAUUUAUGGAAUUGCUAUGUUGACUUCAGUGCCAUUUUUCAUUAUAACAGUCUUAGUAUACUUGGUUAUUCCCGAACUUCGAAACUUACAUGGAAAGGCUCUCUGCUGCUACCUCUCAUGUCUGGUGGUGGGCUACAGUUGCUUGGGGCAUACACUGAUCGAAGGUGGAAUAAUUGUGACAGAUCCUCUUUGUGAGAUUUUAGGUUUCACGGCAUAUUUUGCACUUAUCAGCAGCUUCCUAUGGUUGAGUGUAAUCAGUUUUGAUUUGUGGUGGAAUUUCCGCAUAAUGACAACGAGAGGACCAAAAAAGGAACUAAAACGGUUCAUAAUGUAUUCCUUAUAUUCUUGGGGACUCGGAUUGUGCUUCACAGCGGCUGUUAUUCUAAUACAGAAAUCGAAUAUACCUGAAGAGUGGAAGCCUGGUAUUGGCGGAGGACAAUUCUGUUGGAUAGAUGCAAGGGGAUGGUAUCAGUUGCCAUACUUCUAUGGGCCGAUGAUAAUAAUCAUAACUUUUAAUAUUGCGAUGUUCGUUAUGACUACCUACAAAAUCCACCAUGUGAAGAAAGAAACUUCAAAAGUUAUGGGGCGAGAAGAUAGUCGAAGGAAUAUUAACCGAGAAAAAGACAAUGUUGGACUAUUCCUGCGACUAUUCAUCGUAAUGGGCGUCACGUGGUCACUGGACGUGGUAUCAUGGCUUCUUGGAAAACGUUACGAUUUUCUCUUUUACAUUACGGACAUUUGUAACGCCAUCCAAGGCCUCAUCAUUUUCAUAUUGUUCGUAAUGAAAAACAAAGUGAAACGACUAAUCAUCAAGAAGUAUAAUUCAGUACGUGGCCUUCAAAAAGACACUAGGACAAGUCAAUAUUCGACCAAAACCAGUAGCGUAACCAUGACGACCACGCCCACAAGUGCACUCCAUGACAAAACUGACAUGGGACUCAUCCCUAUAAUCGAGAAACGAGAAGGUAAUUCAAGGAACACCUAAGGAUCCUGGGGAUUUUCCUCAUUGCAGCAUUCACCGGCAAACGCUUUUCCAUCACUCCACGAAGUCUUAAUUCUCAGACGCAUGAUGUAUUUUUAUAAAAUGAUUAUUUAUGACAAAACUAUGAAUAUCACAUGGAAAGUGAAGUACAUUCCGAUCAAGAAAAGAAACUCAAGGAUCACUUUUAAUUCGAAUUUUGUGGGCCUUUUUGUGUGUUUUAAAGUUUGAAGUGCUUGUUUUAAUCUCACUUUGAAAAAUGGAGGCUGGUAGUUUGCACAACUUUUUUUUGUGAUGAAAUGCAUCCCCUAAUAAUUAAGCAAUGAAGGGAAUGAUGAAACGCUAAUAUACUACCAACCCAGAUUGACAAACUCAAUACUGAGCUGCACAUACCUAAGUACAACUUUUUGACCGAAUGUAACUUUACAAUUGAUGAUUUGAUUUUCGAGAUGCACACCGACGCUUAUUACUCUUAAGAACUAUGUAUCGAAUGUUUUAUUUAGCGUAAGUUAGGACGUAAGGUUGUCUAUUGUAAUACAUUUUGUUGUAUUUCAUAAAUAUCCCAAAAAUAAUAAACAAUUAGCACCAAA